UUUCCCUAAAGGUGUCUCUGCUACAUGGAACCACAGAAUAUAACACAUGUCUCUGAAUUCCUCCUCCUGGGCCUCUCAGACAAUCCAGAAUGGCAGACCCUCCUCUUUGGAACGUUCUUGUCCAUGUAUCUGGUCACUGGGCUUGGGAACCUGCUCAUUAUCCUGGCUGUCACCUCUGACAGCUACCUCCACACCCCCAUGUACUUCUUUCUCUCCAACCUUUCCUUGGCUGACAUUGGUUUCAUCUCCACCACAGUCCCAAAGAUGCUUAAUGACAUCCAUACACACCACAAAAUCAUCUCCUAUGUUGACUGCCUGAUUCAGUUAUGUUUGUUAAAUUUUUUUGGAUGUAUAGACAGUCUGCUCCUCACUACAAUGGCCUAUGACCGGUUUGCGGCCAUUUGUCUCCCCCUCCACUACCCAGUCAUUAUGAACCCCCGCCUUUGUGGUCUGCUUGUUUUGGUAUCUUUUUUCAUUAGCCUUUUUUACUCCCAGUUGCACUGCUUUAUGAUGUUACAACUUACCUUCUGCACAGACGUGGAAAUCCCUAGUUUCUUCUGCGACACUCCACAACUUCUCAACCUUGCCUGUUCUGACACCUCCACAAAUACCAUAUUAGUGUAUUGUAUUUGUGCCAUCUUUGGUGGUGUUCCAGUCUCAGGGAUCUUUUUCUCUUAUAUGCGAAUUACUUCCUCCAUUCUGAGAGUCCCAUCAUCAGGUGGAAGGUAUAAAGCCUUAUCCACCUGUGGCUCUCACUUGUCAGUCAUUUGCUUAUUUUAUGGAACAGGCCUUGGAGUGUACCUCAGUUCAGUUGUCUCACAUUCUCUCAGGAGUGGUGCAGUGGCCUCAGUGAUGUACGUCAUUGUCACCCCCAUGCUGAACCCCUUCAUCUACAUCCUGAGGAACAGCGACAUCAAGAAGGCCCUGCAGAGACUCCUCAGUAGAACAGCCUAUUUUUAA